AUGUCUUUCGAAGAUCGGCGCAGGGCGCACGUAAAUCGUUACUUUGGCCCGGACGAAGUGAAUAAGUUUACGUGGAGGAGGGCGUAUCGUUUGGAGCAGUUGAAGGAGUACGACGACGUCAAAAGUGAGAUGGAGUAUAGGAUGGAAUUCCUGCAAUGUCAAGUGCAAUUGCACCGAUUGCCACCUGAGGAAGUCGAGAGGCGAAUCCAGGAAAGAGCAAUUGAAGGCUAUACCCAGUUUAGAGAGCUUUUAUCAAUUGAGCACAACCCUCCAAUUGAUGAAGUUAUCAAAGCAGCUGUAGUCCCUUGGUUUGUUAAAUUUCUUGGAAUGUAUAAUAUGCCCCAACUGCAAUUUGAGGCUGCGUGGGCUUUGACAAAUAUUGCAUCCGGAACGAUGAAGCAUACACGUAAGGUUAUCGAACAUGGUGCUGUACCUAUGUUUAUGAAACUCCUUAGCUCUGCUUGUGAUGAUGAUCUCAGAGAGCUGGCAGUGUGGGCCUUAGGUAAUCUGGCUGAUGCACUAGAUCGUAGAGAUUUUGUUCUUUGUCAUGGUGCGCUUGUGUCAUUAUUUGCUCAAUUAAAUGAACACUCAAAGCUAUCCAUGCUGAGGAUUGCUACAUGGACUUUAUCCAAAUUUUGUUGUGGCAAGCCUCCCACACCAUUUGUUGAGGUUAAGCUCGCCUUACCAGUUCUUCAACAACUUAUUUGCCUGAAUGAUGAAGAAGUUGUGGCAAAUGCUUGCUGGUCCUUUUGUUAUCUUUCAGAUGGACCAAAUGACAUGAUUCAGACUGUGAUUGACGCGGCUGCUUGUCGACGAGUUGUGGAACUUUUGUUUCAUCCAUCGGUCAAGGUUCUUAUACCUGCUCUUCCGACUUUAGGAAACAUUAUGAGAGGCGAUUAUGCUCUGACUAAGUUUGUAAUUGACAACCAAUUUCUGCAUCGCCUCCUUCAAUUUCUUGAACAAAAUCAAUAAAAAAGCACCAAGAAAGAAGCUUGUAGGACAAUCUCAAAUAUCACGGCUGGAAAUAGAGCUCAAAUACAGUCUGUUAUUGAGGCCAACAUUUUCCUGCCACUUGUGCUUCUUCUCAAAGAUGCAGAUUUUGACAUCAAGGAGGGUGCAUGGACCAUCUUAAAUGCCACCUCUGGGUGUUCUCACGAGCAGAUCCGAUUCCUGGUUUCCCAAGGUUGCAUCAAUCCCUUAUGCCAUAUUCUUAUCUGUCCGGACCCAGAUAUUGUAUCUGUGUGCCUUGAAGGUCUUGAGAACAUUCUGAAGGUGGGUGAGGCUGAUAAAGAAAUGGGAAUGAAUGGUGGAAUCAAUCUUUAUGCGCAAAUGAUCAAUGAAAAUGGUGGAUUGGACAAGAUCAGAAAUCUGAAGGUGCAUGACAACGAAACCAUAUUUGUAUUUCUCUCAUGGCCAAGGAUAAGAAUUUUUGGUCUGGCACAUAGUAGGCUUAUCCAAGGAGUUUGUGUGUCACCCCGUCCCAAACCAUGUUGGAAUUUUUGCACGUUGACCGAGGUUGACCGUUGACUUUGACCAUUGACCGAAUGGUCAAAAGUUGACUUUUUGACCCGAUUGGAAUUCUAGGUUGACUGAGGUACCGUUACGAAGUACACGUUGGCAUGAGUUCGUAGACUAGUAGCACUUUGAAAACGGAACUACGGUUUGGAAGUUAUGAGCAAAACAAGUUGAGGUCCAAACUGUCCAAGGGGUGCCGGAGUUGACUUUUUAUUCAUGCAAGGUUGAGCUUUGACUCAUGCAUGGUUGUAAAGUGUUCGUCGAUACGAGUCCGUAGACUAGCGGCACGUCCGAUUUGGACAUGUGGUUUGAAAGUUAUGGACCUGUAGAGUUUUUCAAACACCGUAUUAUUUUUGAACGUGUAAGGAUGUGCCACGUGUGACUUAAUGAAGGUGACCAUGUGUCACCAUGGUGAGAUGCCACGUGUCAACCAUGUUUAAUACCAAAUUAUUUUAUUGUUAUUUUAUGUAUAAUAUUAUUUUAAAUAUUAUUUAAUUAUUUUUAUUUUUUAUUUUAUUUUCUUUUCCUUUUUCUUUUCUUUUUCUUUUUCUUUUUCUUUUCUUUUUCCCCACGUGGGAAAACACCUUUCUUUUUUUUUUUCUUUUCCUUUCCUUCCUUUCUUCUUCCCCGAGCCCGACAGAGACAAAACAAAACACACAGGUUUCUCUCCCGCCCGUCUUUCUCUCUCUCCCUGCUGCACAUUUUCCGGCCACCGGAACCACUCAUGCGCCGGCUAGUGAUAAGCGGAGGGAGGAGGCGAGCUCGGCCGCCAAUUUUCACGGUCACCGGCAGCUGGACGCGCCCCGAUCGGGCCGGAGAAGCCGCCGGCCGGAAAAAUUUCUCUCUCCUCUUUUCUUGUGUUUUCCGUCCAGCCUAGUCCAAAUUAAACCUCGUCUCCCCCUAUUUUGGGUCCUCUGAGUUUAAAUAUGGCCUCCAAUCUCAAAAAUUCGAAGCGGUUUGCGAGAUACGAGGAAUUAAAAACCGGCCGAAUCUUUCCGGCCACCUCCGGCAGAAUUGGGGUCAAUGGAGACCGGAUUUGUAAUCCUCGUCGCUCAAGCUUUGAUUCGGAGCACGGGUGAGUCAUGGAAUUGAUCCCAUAGUGGAUUGUGGUUUAAUUGCGUGCUCCAGGCAAGUUUGUUAUUGGCCUCAGCCGCCCCCCUCCUUGGCCGGGAUGAUGGUUUCAGCAGCGGUACUGUCGGGACCUCGAAGUGCCGUUUGCAAGUUUCUCUCUUUAAUCCCCCGCCAGUCGGUGCUCAGGACGCUGGGUAUCAGAGGGCAUCAUCGGUAUAUGGUGUGAUGCGUCAAGUGUAGUUUUCAAAUAAAGUUUAAAACCCCAAAGGUGUUCAAAAAUUAUUUAUUAUAAUUUAUUACAUUUUAAUUAUAUUGGGGUAUGUAUUUAUUUAUUUAUUGUUUAUCAAAUUGAUUAAUCCCUUGGUUUUCGGGAAGUAUGUACAUCGGGUUUUGUGAAAUUGUUUUAAAAAUGGAACAUUUCAAACGGAGUGAUCGGUGAGAGUUUUGAGGGAAAUUAUUAUUUCCAACAGUUAUUAUUAUUUAUUUAUUAAUUGUUGGUAUUUAUUCAAUUCCCUUAAUUGUUAUUAUUAUUAUUAUUAUUAUCAUUAAAGGUGUUCAGUAGUUAGGGUCACUCACUGAGAUGAUUAGCAUCUCACGCUCUUAAAUUCCGAUCCCCUAGGUCCAGGUUGGAGACGUUGAUUGUCCGGGGCGAGCCCAACGUCUCAGUUCGUUGCCGAAAGUCCAAGAAAUAUUUCUUCCCUUUUUCCUCUCCAUCCUGUAUUACUUCUUAUCUGUCAUAGUAUUAAUUCCACAUUUAUUGUAUAAUGCUCUGUAUACUGUAUUGGACGUGUAGUUAUUAUUUAUGCACUGAGUUGCUGUUAUUUUUGAAGUGCUGAAAUUUGUGGAAUCAAUUUGUAGUAUUGUGGGAGGAAUAAGGGGAUGUUUAUAGAAGUGUGUUUUCAGUGCAAAUAAUUUUUUGUUAGUCCUACCCUUAGGGGAGGUGCUGUCAGAUUUUCCGUUGGAAGGUUCGGUGGUAUUUCCUUGGGAUUAGGGCUUGUCUAGGAUUCCGGGAAAAGAAUUCUGGACGGGUCCUGACAGUUUGUCAGAAAUUUUAGGCCCUGCGAGUUUAUGUUU